AUUCGCGCUGUCACAAUUUCAUGGCGGACUUGUCACUUUCCGUUUUCUAACAAAACAACUGUGGCGAAUUUUUAACCACCAAAACGUGAUUAUUUUAUAAAUUUAUAACAAAACAACGAUGUCUACAGUCUCGGACUGUUUCUCCAUCGGCAGUAUAGUCGCCACAAGGACAUGUUAUAACGAAGACAUCGAAGGCGAAGUGCUGGCAUUCGACCCGCAAACAAAAAUGCUGAUCCUCAAAUGCCCAUCUUCCAGCGGUAUUCCUAAGCGCCACGAUGUGAAUAUAAUAAAUCUAUCGCUCGUAAGCGACGUACAGAUAAAGAAAGAGGUUACAACGGUACCAGAGCCUCCUCCGUCGUUGAAUCUUCACAGAUUGAAUACACGGGUUAGAAACUCAAUAGAAAAUAAGCGUAGAUUGGUAUCAGCACUGUCAGCAUGCUUAGACCCUGAAGGUCAGAGACUGUUCCUGGCGAUUGCCCGCGUCAUAGACGACGUGUCCUGGACCGGGCAGAGCAUCCGAGUGUACAAUGAAGUCACCAUUACUCCUCCCUACAAGGUGGAAAACGUAAUAGGCGAGCAGGAGUCAAAACCCUACAAUUACAUAAGGAAAUUCGUGGAAAGGCAUUGGAGAGACCACAGCAGAGACAGUGCGGCUAACUCCUCAAGGCAUCAAUAAAUACACUAUAUAGUUGAGACAUUGCGAAAGUGCCAACUGAGUCAUAAAUCAUUUUUAUCGGACCUCUCGCUUGCACUUACAGGCCUUAUGAAACUCGAACUUCCUCAAACAUCCUCUGGUGUUGUGUGUAACAGCAAAAAAACCGGCCAAGUGCGAGUCAGACUCGCGCACCGAGGGUUCCGUACUCGGGCAUUUUUUCCGACGUUUUGCACGAUAAAUCAAAAACUAUUACGCAUAAAAAUAAAC